UGUGCAGGAUUAUCUAAGCCAUGGACCGGUACCCCCACCGACCUAAAUGUACUACAUAUAAAUGGUCAGGACACCUCGUAACUAUCGUCAGAGAGCUUGUGGACUUAAUCUUGUCGUCUCGUCUGCAUAAACAAGGCGUGGUGCUCCCGUAUCUCCAUUCAUCUAUUUCUUCAUCUUGUGAAUACAAUUAUGAAAAUAAAAGUUCAUCGAAAAAAUUCCUGUAUAAGUUCGGGAUAGAGAGGAUCGUUGCGUUGACGAUCUUUGUUUUUUGGAUUUUCAUUCGCAGAAUCAUGAAGUGUAUACAAGACGAUUGGAAGUUAGGCUGGUUCGAGAGAAUUAGCUACGUUUUGUUAGUGACUUUUUAUUGUUUUUCCAAGCACGCCUCUGUAUUGGCGUUUGAUAAUUCAACCAAUACGUUUGUCGAGAGAUCUCGAAUAGACUGCAGCCUGCGCAAAGAUAUAAUCACUUGCGGGAAAUACAAAGUUGCCAGGUGGCUUCAUGACAUUGUGAGGGAGAAGGAAUACAGCUAUGGUUCCCUGCGUAUUGUGCGAAUCCCAUCCAUAUCUGGACAACCGAUACUCCCAAAGUUACCACAGUCACGUGUGUUCAAAACCGAUGCGGUCGAGGCCUUGAACUUCGUCAGGGACUGCUUGGAGGAUCUGCUGACGAAACGAGCUUUGGUUUACACGGUUGACAACUCUGCCACUGGCAGGAGUUUUGGUAGCGCGCCUAUGAUCAUGGACGAGGAUGAACUCAUGCAAAUGCAAAGCAGAAAAUACCCUGCUGAUAACUGGAGACUUCUGAAGAAGAAAACCUCCAUAAUCCUUCCUCUCCUAAUCCUAUUAAACCUAUUGAAAGUGAAACUGUUGCUUCUACCCAUUUUCCUCGGUGUUCAUUUCAUCAAGAAGCUACUGGUGCUAGCUUCCAUCAUUGUUCCCUCGUUAUUGGCGCGUCUGAAGAUUUGUAAAUUCGCGAAUUCACAUUACCAGGGUUACCCUUAUCACAUGUGGGGUACGGCCGCUGAUACACCCGUCGAUUACCCAACAGCAUACGGUCAAGAGGAGCCAUGGUCUCACAGAAGUGAUUACAUCUCAGCAAACUCUCCUUACAUGGGAUACCAGGGUUAUCGCAAUCCCUAUGGAUGAAGUUAGGGAGCAGGGGAAAACACCACCAAUCAACUUCAACUUGCCAUUGCAUCGAAACUCAAACGGACGAACUACGAUUGUGCACCUUCCGCUUUCUUCUCUUAGCAACUUUCGACUGUGUUCUCUACGCAUUGGCGGUUUUCUUCUCGCGACUCGCUAAUCCCCUUUCUUUAUUCCUAAACAUCCUAAUUAUAAAGCGACACACUACAAACGAGUUAUAUUUAGCAAUGAUUAUCGAGUGCGUUCCUCGUCGCGAAAUGACUUUCACACGCCAUGCUCGCUACCGCUACAAAAUUGGUAAUGAGCAUCGCCGUACGUAAACGUCGAAAUCACGAACACGCGUCUGAUGAUUUUCUUUUGCAAACUGCAGAAACUGUUCGCGAGUAUUGUUGCGUGGCACGCGAGCCUCCAACGUCGUCCGUGAAUAUUUGUGUACCGUAAUCUAAUAAAAUCGAAUUCGCGAACAACAGCGCCUCGCGUGAUGUCAACGCUGAUCACUUCCGGGCUAAUAAUCGGAGGGCAGGGUUGAAGCGUGUGGCCUGCUCGAGAAUGUACAGACGCGUAGUUUGUAUAGUAGCGAGCGAUCGUCAGUGACCAGAUAGUAGAUAACUUUUGUUUAAAUAAAGUUAUGUAUAAAGAAGAAUGGAGAAUGCUGUUGAAAUUAUUGACGUGAAAUUACAUCGCAUCGAUAAUGACAGAUUUAUUAUUUCCUUUAAGAUAGGAUAAGAUAGAUAGAUUUCAUGUUUUAUACUGUUUCUUUAGCAUGUAAUAGUACGGGUUCGGAAAAAUCUAUCUGAAGGUUAGGAACUUCUUAUUCAUGCAGGAAUGGCCGUGCAUUGUUUAUUUUAUCAUAAUUAUAAGGGCAUGUCUCAGUAUAACAAUGACCUCUGGUUCCGGAACAGUAAGCGUUCUACUAGAAGUUCACACACGCAGAUGCAGACUGAUUUCCCGCGCUGCUUCUUUCCAGCAUAAAAUGACAUCGAUCGUCUCCAGAAAUCUUUCCUCCGUUACGAUCAUCGUUACAUAUGUAAUAUCUAACGCAGGCUAAACGUCAUUCGUCAUUUCCAACGUUCUCCAAGAAAUAUAUAUACGUAGUUGCCAUUACCCGUUGAAAUAACAAAAAUACAUUCAAUUGUUUCACAAGCUUCUAAAUUUUCCUCUUCCAAUCUUCCAGUGCGAAGUGGAGUCGGGCGAUGGUCAAUCAAUCGGUGCAGGUGAACGGCGAUGGUCAAGGUCAUUGGAAACUUAAAGGAGGCGCGGCGGUUCUCCGUACGAAUGACCUACUGACAGAUUUGGACGGUCGCUCCGGCGUGUGACGCGCGCUUCCGCACGCGUGUGCUGACCCAUGCACGCAUGCACGAUCGGGAAGACCGUUAUAGGGCCACAUACGAGUUCGAGGCGAAUGUGGCGCGGCUGUCCUCGCGCUCGACAAAUCCGCGGGCGAGUAUCGCGCCCCGAUCGUUGCAUGUGAUAGCAGUUAACCAUUCGCUGCAUUUAAUAACAAUAAUCCAGUCAAUACAUCGAAACAGUUGGGCCUGCGAUCAGUGCGAGAUAUAGCCGACACGCAGCCUGCACUCGCUGUAACUCGACCGUUACGUUACAACCGACAGGGAACAGAGUAUUAACAUAACGGCAUGCGCUAUGUGUACUCUCGAUGUUCGAUAUACCAUGGGUUGGUUCGAAUGGCGUUGAAUUAAUCGAUACGCGAAUCGAUGAUCGAGAAGGUUGCGUUUGUUGUUGAUGUAGAUUGAAGCUAGAGGAAGAGCGAACAGAGUUUUGGAGUAAUCGUAAUUUGGAGGAAGUAAGAAAGAGGAACAGAAUCCGAAGCAAUUAGAAGUUGGAAUGAAAAGUAAACGUAGAUUCGAGUGAAUCGAUAAGAACGAUAGAAUGUGAAAUAAGAAGCGUCGAGGUGAAUUCUGUAUUCAUUUCACGUAUAGAGAGUAAGAUAGUGAAAUCUCUGUUUGCGACAGAUAUUCAAUUCUAUUUCGAACGGAGAAUGUUAGGUUAUUUAGAAAUUCGCUUAACUUCCGUAUCUAAUAAAUCGAACAAUUUGGCAAAAAAUUUAUAUUUAAAAUAAAUAAUAAGAUAUAAUAAUAAGAUUAAGACAAAAAUAAGGUAAAUUUGAUAUUUGAUAAGCAGGGUCUGCUGUUACGUGCUUGGAUAUUAAUUCUCAAGAAUUUGUAAGAGAAUCUAAGGAAUCUGAGAGGCAUUUGACCUUAACGCAACGGAUUAAGAGGUCUUUCGUUUCGUCUUUAAGGAAACGAUUAUGGAAGAUUGAUGCGCGCAUGUAAAAGCUGCAUGGAGGAAUCUGAUCGAUACAGAGCAAAUGAUGGAGCACUUUCUAAAACCGGUUGACUUUUUCUCUUUUAUAGUACUUACAUUUUUCGAACUUUUUCUUACAAGAUUGGAUUAGUAGAGUUCGCUGCAGGCCCGAUAUGCAGACACGCGUUUGUAACGUACGAUUAGUUUAAAACAUGGUCACAACAACAAUAUAAUUUCCUCUUGAGUUAUUUCGAAUUGGAACUUGCUAACACGUCGAUGUUCUAGCUCUUUCAUUUCUUUCAAAAGUUAAUGAAUUAUUCAUCAAGACUUGUCAAAACUACGAAGCAGUUCAUUAAUAAAUUUUUAAGACGAUUUCUAGAAGGUUAAUAACCCGUUUCAAUUCGCAAUUCCACGGACGCGAGUAUCUAUGAAAUUUAUUUAAUCUUGAAUGGCAUUUAAGACUUAAAUGGAUAAUAAAAAUUUCUUUGAAUAACGAGAAGCGUUUAAACAAAAUUUAACUGGUUUUGUUUAUCGUUUUCUCUCUCUUACAACAAAAUGCAGACAUAGACAAAUGUAGUCUCGUCGCGUGAAUCCUUUCUCUCCGUUUGAUAUCUUCAAACGAUUAAAUCGCUCAGAAAUCUAACCCAAACCACUACAAUCUCCGGAUGACAGCCGUAGGUGUGAAAUUCUUGAAAAAAAAGGGAACGAUGUAUUUUAUCGUGACCCUGUUCUGGAACGAAAACAUUUUUACCGGUUAGGUGUACCUGUGUCAUCGAACCAGCUUACAAUAAUGUUUAAGAAAUCGAACUGAUGCCUCCAGCUUAUUAAUGAAUUAUAGUCGUAAGGUAAAUAGUGAUCCUUAACGAGUUAAUGACACUUCCAUAUUUCAUUCGUUUCUUACAUAUCUUUUGUCGUAUAUCCUUGUCUAAUUAUCAAGACUUCGCUUGAUUGCCAAGACUUCAAACACUCCGAUAUCGAUCUAACCCAAACCUCUCCGUUAUAUUAUGCUAAACACACUUUGCUUUCUAGAUACAAUCUACACGAUCGGAUCUAUUUUCUGAGAUUAAAAUUCUUGCCAUGUGUCCAAUCGAAUUUUCCUUGGCUCGAAGUGAAACACGCGAGUACGAUCAUCGAUUUCGAGGAAUAACCGAACCGUCCGUGAAUUCGGGACGCGGCCACAGUGAAAUCGCCCGUAAAAGUGUGCUCGGUGUAUUCGUGUCCAGGCUGUUUGGGCUUACGCACGAGACACCCUUUUCUCCUGAUUAACGUCAUUAACGUUUAUGAUUUUUUCCACGUUCGUAUCGAACAACGCUCUCUCGAGUACUACUUCAAACGAGCGCGUGAUGAAAACGCUGGCUUCUGGAUGCAAGAUGUUUGCGGUUUUUCUCUGCGCGAUCUUUUCGACAGGAAGUAAAAUAAAGCCGAAACCGGAUUAGCGGCCUACUUGUAUCUGAAAAUACGCGUGUUAAUAUUUAUGUCGAUGGUGCAAUGACACGGGAGACACACGAGUUGAAUACCGGUGAUUUUCCACGACGAGCUUUCCGCGCGAGCUUUGGUGUCAUGCGUUUAUCGAAUUCGAUUAGAUUUCUCCUUGCAUUUGACGUUGCGUCUUUGACAAGCAUAAUAGUUAUUAUUGUGUUAGUCGCACCACCUUUUAUCUAUCGAAAUAUUUUUAAUUACUCGUCAUAGUUCGGUGACCCGAUCACGAGAAUGAACGAACGAAUUGGUUACAAACUGACAGAUAUGACAACGAUAAAAAUGAAGUAUUCUCAUCCUUGUUAUUACAUAGUAAUAAACAGAUAAAUAGGGAAACUCCUUAACCAAAUUUAACUGAACUUAGUUUUUAAUACUAUUUUUACAGUGCGUCGAGGAACAAGAAAAGUAUUUUUUAACCCUAUAUUUCAGAAACAAAAAAAAAAAAAAAGGAAUAAAACUUUUCACGAUACAAUUAGUGGAAUUUACGAAUAGACAUUUCUCUAUUAAUAUGUUUGCUGACAAAUAAAACUCAGCCAUUUGUGGCGCUAUUAUGAUUUGCAUAAAAUAAUUAAUAAAACGCUAUCGUUAUAAUAAGAUUGCGGAUUUCUAUGUAUUUGCGGUUGAUAAUA